AUGGCGCUCGCGGCAGAAAAUGCCUUCCUCGAAGUCGACGACGGCUUCAACGACGCCGACUCCACCUUCUCCAGUCAGUCGAGCACGUCGACGUCGGUCACGUCCAGCGUCUUGAACUACAAGUAUGAGAACGGCCGGCGCUACCACGCCUUCCGCGAGGGCGCCUACUUCGCCCCCAACGACGACAAGGAGCAGGACCGCAUGGACCUCUUCCACCACAUCUCGGCCCUGAUCCUCGGCGGCAAGCUCUUCUGCGCCCCCGUCACCGCCCCCAAGAAGGUGCUCGACUUCGGCACCGGCACCGGCAUCUGGGCCAUGGACCUGGCCGACCAGUUCCCCGCCUGCGAGGUCGUCGGCUCCGACCUCAGCCCCAUCCAGCCGUCGUGGGUCCCGCCCAACUGCCGCUUCCUCGUCGACGACGUCGAGGCCGACUGGGCCGACGGCGAGACGUACGACUUCGUCCACGGCCGCACCAUGGCCGGCUCCGUCCAGGACUGGCCCCGCCUUUUCGCCCAGGCUUUCCGCAGCAUCAAUCCCGGCGGCUGGAUCGAGCUGCAGGAGUUUGAGAUCCAGUACGGCUGCGACGACGAGUCGUAUCCUGCCAAGGCGCCGACGGUGGCGCUUUACAUCGAGAAGCUGAACGAGGCGGCCGAGUCGUUUGGGAAACCCAUGGAUGUGGCGCGGGAUAUGAAGCAGUGGAUGAUCGAUGCCGGAUUCACCAACGUGCAGGAUGACGUAUACAAAGUCCCGAUGGCUCCCUGGGCAAAGGACAGGAAGCUCAAGGAGAUCGGCAAGUAUGCGCUGAUUCACGUGCUCGAGGCCAUUGAGGCGUACAGCUUGGCGCUCUUCACCAGGGUGCUGAAGUACACGCCUGAGGAAGUCCAGGUGAUGAUGGGCAAGAUCAGGAAGGAGUUCAAGGAUCCCGAGGUCCACGUCUACUGGAUCUACCACGUCACCUACGGCCAAAAGCCCGAGUCCUCGUGA